AUGAGUUGGGGCUGCAUUGGAUGGAUUUAUCCAGCUGAAAUCUUUCCGAUGAACAUGAGAUCAAAGGGAACAUCGAUUACCACAGCUGCUAACUGGCUGUUCAACUUAAUUAUAGCCUUUUGCGUUCCAGUACUAAUAACUAAAAUUACAUACGGUGUCUAUCUGAUAUUUGGAAUAUUUUGUGUUAUUAUGGCAACAUGUGUAUUCUUAUUUUAUCCAGAAACAAAACAGAAAACUCUCGAAGAAAUGGAUAUGGUGUUUGGUGAUAAAAGAAAGAGGCGAAAAAUAAAACAUGGUUUUAACGCCGAACGUGAUAAUAAUAGUGAAGAUGAACCAAACACAACCGUGCAAAGAAAAAAAUAUAUUUAUCGAGGACCUCGUCUUGAUACCAAAAAGGUAUAUUUUUCAAUGUUAACUAGUAUACCAGUGUUUCCUGAGGUCACCAAACAAGAUCUUGGGAAAGAUAUGCUGUUUUAA